AUGGAGGUUGCAUAUCGUAUUCGGUUGACGGCAAUUUUAGAUGUGACUCGUUUUCUCUUGAAGCAAGGUUUACCUUUCCGUGGAAAUGAUGAGUCCUCAAAUUCACUAAACAAAGGCAAUUUUCUUGAGUUGCUUGAAUGGUAUAGCCUACGAAAUGAAGAAGUUUGGAAGACAAUCAAUCAAAAUGCCCCUGGAAACAAUCAAUUGACUUCCCCAAAAAUUCAAAAGGAGUUGGCAAAUGCUUGUGCAACGGAGAUUACACGUGUUAUUGUUGAUGAUAUUGGGGAUAAAUUUUUUUCUCUUAUGAUUGAUGAAGCCCGAGAUGCUUCAAUAAACCAACAAAUGGGAGUUGUUUUACGAUAUGUGAAUAAGAAUGGACAUGUGAUAGAGCGAUUCCUUGCAUUGGUUCAUGUGCCUGAUACCUCUGCAAUUUCUUUAAAGAAUGCCAUUGAUUGUUUAUUUGCUAAACAUAAGUUGUCUCUUUCGAGGUUGAGAGGGCAAGGAUAUGAUGGGGCUUCAAAUAUGCGAGGUGAAUUCAAUGGUUUGAAAGCACUUAUUUUAAAAGAAAAUCCAUAUGCAAGAUAUGUACAUUGUUUUGCUCACCAACUACAAUUAGUGGUUGUUGUCGUUGCUAAAGAGAAUCGAAUUGUGAGUGAUUUUUUCCAAUAUGUUAAUAUGAUUGUUAAUGCCACCGGAGCAUCAUGUAAAAGGAGAGAUCAACUUCGGCAACAUCAUCAUGAUAGAUUGGUUGAGCAAUUGGAGAAAGUGGAGAUAGUCAGUGGUAAAGGAAAAAAAUCAAGAAUCCAGUUUAGCACGACCAGGGGAUACUCGUUGGGGAUCGCAUUACACUACAAUUCUCCGGUUAAUUUCUAUGUGGACCUCAAUUUUAGAGGUACUCCAAAAUGUGCAUGA